AUGCCUCGCCGGUUCAGCAACGCCCCUAACGACACUUCUUCCAAUUCCCCGUCCUUUUCGCCUGAUUCUGGAAAGGGCGGAUUCGCUAUCAAGGCACCUUCCGUCAAGUCCCGUCGCCUUUCCCAAUUCUUUUCGUCGUCUCCUAAAUCCAAGACCGACUCUCAACCCACACAGGUGGCCCACGAGUCGGCCACUGGAAAUCCUAAAGCAACUCUGCCGAUUAAUUCGGCAUCACUGUCCUUACCAAGUAUCUCUCUGUCCACUGCCACGGUCGAUAACCUCAACAUGGAAUCUUCACCGACCACGCUCUUUCAGCCUCCAACCCCUGAGGAGGCCCGCCGGCUGGCCAAGCAACAUGCGCAAUUCGGCCCCAUUGGUCACCCGAGUCACCGAUACUCCAGUCGAGACCCUGGUGGUGUCUUCCCGGAGCCGGUGAUGGACGAACCGCCUUAUUACUACUUGCUUACGACCUACAUCAGCUACCUAAUUCUAAUUGCUUUCGGACACGUCCGUGAUUUCUUCGGAAAACGCUUCCGUGAGGAGCAUUAUAGACACUUGAAGCCCCGCAACGGCUACGGUGCUCUCAACAGUGACUUCGACAAUUUCUACAUCCGUCGUCUCAAGCUUCGCAUCAACGACUGUUUCGAGCGUCCCGUUACUGGCGUUCCCGGACGCACCAUCACCUUGAUCGACCGAGCUACCGAUGAUCACAAUAACCACUUUCACCUGACUGGUACCACCACGGAUACAUUGAACCUGAGCUCUUACAACUACCUGGGUUUCGCUCAGUCGGAAGGCCCCUGUGCCGAUAUUUCGGAAGAUACAGUUCGAAAGUACGGAAUCAGCACUCCCAGCACUCGUGCUGAAACCGGUACGCAGGAUCUGCACGUAGAAGUUGAGGAUCUAGUUGCCAAGUUUGUGGGCAAGGAAGACUCCAUGGUAUUCUCCAUGGGAUUUGGUACCAAUGCCACUGUUUUCCCCGCCCUCGUUGGGAAAGGCUGCCUGCUCAUCUCCGAUGAGCUGAAUCACGCGUCUAUUCGUUUUGGUGCUCGUCUUUCUGGCGCAUCAAUUGCCAUGUUUAAGCACAACGACAUGAAGGAUCUUGAACUGAAACUCCGCGAAGCCAUCUCCCAAGGUCAACCUCGCACUCACCGCCCCUGGAAGAAGAUUCUGGUCGUCGUUGAAGGUCUCUACUCCAUGGAAGGAUCCAUGUGCAACCUGCCGGGUAUCAUCUCUUUGAAGCAACGCUACAAGUUCAACUUGUUCAUUGAUGAGGCUCACUCUAUUGGAGCCAUUGGUCCCAUGGGUCGUGGUGUGUGUGAUUACUUCGGCAUUGACACUUCGGAGGUCGACAUCUUGAUGGGCACCUUCACCAAGUCAUUUGGCGCCAAUGGUGGAUAUGUCGCGGCUGACAAGGUCAUGAUUGACAAGCUUCGCGCUACCAACUCCGGAAUUUUCUACGGUGAAUCUUGCUCGCCCGCUGUUCUCUCCCAAAUUUCUUCAGCUCUUCGCAUCAUCAAGGGUGAUCUUUCUCCUGGCCAAGGUGAAGAGCGACUGCAGCGAUUGGCCUUCAACUCCCGAUACCUUCGUCUCGGCUUGAAGCGUCUUGGUUUUAUAGUAUACGGCCACGACGAUUCGCCUAUUAUCCCUGUACUUCUCUUCAACCCUGCCAAAAUGCCUGCAUUCUCCCAUGAGAUGCUUAAGCGAAAGAUCUCUGUCGUGGUUGUUGGUUACCCCGCUACUCCCCUUGUCUCUUCUCGUGCUCGAUUCUGUGUGUCGGCGUCUCACACCAAAGAUGACCUCGACCGGGUCCUCACCGCUUGCGACGAGAUCGGCAACGUCUUGCAACUCAAGUUCUCCACUGGAAUUGCUGGUGGUGCCUUGCCUUCGGCUGAAGAAGCCAUGGCCCCCCCCUCCUGA